AUGACCAGUGAUCAGUGUCCAGUAGAGAUACACAAACGUCUCAGGUCCAACUUUGACGAAGAGCAGUCCACCAAGAAAAGGAAACAGUGUUAUUCCAACACCAUUGGCCACAAAAGAAGACGAUAUGAGAAGAGGAUGAAGACAUUGUACUCAACUGAAGACGUUGUCUCUGACAAGAACAUGUCACUUCGACAGGCUAUACAGUUUGAAUCCAACUAUGGAGGACAAGGUUUCACCCGGUGUAACUAUGCUGGUACAAAGAAAUGUCAGACCAACAGAUGGAGAUGUUUCAAGGCUAAGCCGCUUUUAUUUACAGGACACUUCGGACAAGCACCAACAGGACACUUCGGACCAGUAUCUUCAGGACACUUCGGACCAGUAUCUACAGGACACUUCGGUCCAGCAACAACAGGACACUUCGGUCCAGCAACAACAGGACACUUCGGUCCAGCACCAACAGGACACUUCGGUCCAGCAACAACAGGACACUUCGGUCCAGCACCAACAGGACACUUCGGUCCAGCAACAACAGGACACUUCGGUCCAGCAACAACAGGACACUUCGGUCCAGCAACAACAGGACACUUCGGUCCAGCACCAACAGGACACUUCGGUCCAGCACCAACAGGACACUUCGGUCCAGCACCAACAGGACACUUCGGUCCAGCACCAACAGGACACUUCGGACCAGCACCAACAGGACACUUCGGACCAGCACCAACAGGACACUUCGGACCAGUAUCUUCAGGACACUUCGGACCAGUAUCUACAGGACACUUCGGUCCAGCAACAACAGGACACUUCGGUCCAGCACCAACAGGACACUUCGGACCAGCACCAACAGGACACUUCGGACCAGCACCAACAUGA